AUGAAGGGGACAUUAAUAGAGAAAAAUAUGAAAAAGAUAUAUAUUGGCAAAACUGCCCUCAAAACACAGAGAAAUGGUUGCAAACAUCAGAAAAGAAGCUCUUUCCACGACCACAAGGAUGACCUCCGUAAACGCCUGUCGUACACCACCCACAAACUAGAGAUGGUGGAGACAGAGUUUGAUUCCACUCGGCAGUACCUGGAGACAGAGCUGCGCCGGGCCCAGGAGGAAUUGGAGAAAUUCACAGAGAAACUACGCAGGAUCCAGAGCAGCUAUGCAGCUCUUCAGAGGAUCAACCAGGAUUUGGAGGACAAGAUGCACAGAACGUCCCAGCACCAUGAAGAGGAAAAGAGAGCCCUCAGCCGGGAAAUCAUCCUCCUCAACAACCACCUCAUGGAGGCAAAGAUCACCAUCAACAAACUCAGAGAGGACAACGACCUGUACAGGAAAGACUGCAACCUGGCAGCCCAGCUGCUGCAGUGCUCCAAGUCUCACUACAGAGCACACAAGAUGUCUGAGCUGCCACUGGAUUUCCAGGAACGCAUCAGUUCCCACAUGGAGAAGCAGAAUCGGGGUAGUGGAGCCUCUGUAGCGAUGUGCCACUCAAAUUACUCCGACGCCGUGCCCACAGCCAUAAUUGCCAAGGUACUGGAAAAGCCAGAACCAGGAAGCAGUUGCCCUGUAACGCGCUCCCCGAGCCCACAACCGCAGGAUGGAGACUUUCUUACAGGAACAGGAAGCACUGAUCAACUGAGCCGCCGCAUUUCGUAUAAAUCAUCCGACCUGUACUGCAGCGAUACAGCCCUUUACUGCCCUGAGCGAUGGCAAGAUACAGAGCGCAGGCAGAGUGUCGACCUCCAAGGCACCGGCCUGCUCCAGCUUCACACCCAGAACUCCACCGACAGCAACCCAGAGGAAGAAGCCUACCACUCUGGAAGUUUCUCCCACCAUGAGCCUCCAUCCUCCUUCCACCACCACGAUGACUUCGGCACUGGUAGCCUCCCUGCCUCCAGUUCCUACUCCAGCUUCAGCCUCGCAUCAGAUGAAAAGGGGGGAGUUAGUGGUGGUUGUGGCCGCACUGCCAGCAGCACCUUGUCCUCUUCCCAUCAGGGUCUCUAUAUGGACUGGCGAGAUGGUGGCAGUGGGGACUAUGAGCGCAAAAGUAUGUCCUCCUAUGAUAAAGACAGCCCCAGCUUCCCCAAGUCCCUCAGCAUCCAGCACAUGGUGACCCCCAGGAGCCCGCAGAAGGGCACAUCACCAACGUACACAAGGACGGCUUCAUGCUUCAGCGAACCAUACCAUUCCAGCACGCCUCGCCUGGCGUCCUCUCACAGCAUGGGGUCCACAACAGGACUGGGCCAAGCUCAUGGGGGAGCUCUGGACAGCCGUGGUGACGUCCAGGUCCCUGAGGACGACUUAAGCAGCCGAUGGAGGCAGCUCAGCGUGGAAGACAUCAACACAUUUGCAUCUUCCUACCGUAACAUCACAGGGCGUGUCUCUCCAUAUAGCUUCUCUGAGCGCCACUUUGCCAUGGGCCCCUCCAGUAAGGUCAAGGGGUCCCUCUACAGCAGCUUCCAAGAAGGAGAUGAUGUCUUCCACAGCCGCGUGCUGGACCAGUGUUUCGCUGUCGGCCCCCCUUCCUCCAGCCGCAGCCAGAAACCCAUGGAGCAUCGUAAGCAGGAGAAAACUUCUGUGCUGUACAGAGCCAAGGAGGACAGUCAGGACUCCGAGUGCAGUUUGUUCCUCUCAGGGAGCUCUAAAGAGAAGGAGAGCAGUGGGGGAGCGACGGCGGCAAGCAGCACCAAGAAGGACUACGUGAAUCUGAGUGCAGACAGCUCGGCUGAGUCCUUACACCAAAGCUCCCUCGAAGCUUCAAGUCUUCAACACUACCCCAGCCCCAGGCCGAGCGUCCGGCCCCGCCCGAGCUCCAGCUCCGCUCUCAGUGUCGGCCCUGCACUCCCAAAGAAGACCUCUCUAAGAUACCAAAAAUUUGGCAGCACGGGACUGACAAGGAAGGACAGUUUGACCAAGGCACAGCUCUACGGUACGCUGCUGAACUGA